AUUUAAUUAACAAAGUAACAGAGAUAGUUAAAAUAUGAUACAGUGAUGUUUAACGGACAACUAUGAUUAUAAACAUCAUUAUGUCAUCUACGUCACAAAGGCCUUUGUUCAUAGUUGUUCCUUAAUUCUCAAGAUCGGUUUAUUUUUGUCUCGCGUAUGGUAAAACGCAGUAGACGAGACAAUGACAGACUAAUCCCGAGAAAUGAGGAACGACUUUGAAUACGGGUCUUUGUUACUUGAAUAUAUACGAAUACAUAUAAGGUGAGUUUUAAUUCAUCGAUUGAUCAAUCGCAUUAUGCGCAGAUGCAACUUUGCUCUAUAAAAACUUUAUUUGCGUACCGUGCGAUUGAGUAAUCGAUGAAUUAAAAAACUCAUCUAUAUAUUGAAUACGUUACGCGCGCGUUUUUAAUAUAUAAGGCUAUCAACAUAGUUUCCGUAAGAUAAACACAUCCGUAAGAUAAACACAUCCGUAAGAUUUAACACAUUGGAUUGGGCGACCGUAACCGUAACCAACUGAAUCGAGUACAUGAUUGGUCAAAAGCUUAUACUGUUUACGUUUUACAGCAAGUGUGUGUGAUAACCCGCAUUUGUUAUGCGUUUGCGAAAGAAGAAAAAGACACAGUAUACUUAUACUGUGGAAAAGAGAAAGAGGAAAAGCACUUACUAUAUAUACAGGGUGUCCCAAAACAUGUUGGGUGUUGAUUUUAUUUGCUCUCGUGGUGCAAUAAAAACAAUAUUAAGUAGUCCAUAUAAAGAACGUGAUGAAUGGAUUAUUUGUGCCAGUAAAUACCAUGGUACAAUAUAUUUAUGCGAAUUUUAUACAGAUGAAAAAGAACAUAGUUAUGCCAACAGAACAAUGUUGAAAAAACGAUAUAAUUCAUGGGGAUAUAAAUUUGAACAAUAUAUGGUAGCAGAUCAUCCAGCACAUAAACCAGAUCCAUCAAGAGCUCUUAAUGAGUGCGAAGAAUUUCAUUGCAUGUUUAAAGCAAAAUUUGACAACCAUUCAUUAUUGUACGCGGCAGAAAUAGAUGGUAUUUUUUCACAACAAUUUAUAAAGGAUACACUUAUUGGGAAUACUUUUGAAAUAAUCGAACUUAAAACAAUUGUAAUAUCUGAUAAACAUGGAAAUGGAAACAUGUAUGGCAAAGUUCACCAUGAACUAGUGUCAAGCUGGUGGAGCCAGAACUAUCUCUUGGAACUAAAUAGAAUUAUAUGUGGAUUAAGAGACAGAAAUGGAACAGUGACAAUGAUAAAAGAAUAUAAUUUGCAUAAUUUACCCAAGCUUUCAAAUUCGCCUUAUAAUGUGGACAAAUGUAAAAUAUUCUUAAAGAUAUUCUUAAACGAAAUAAAAAAAAUUGUCAUUAAAGAUUAUAAUAAGUGCAUGUACAAAUUUCACUGGAAGCCGUCUACUAAAAAUGUUAUAAAUUAUAGUGAAGAAGCUCCUGACAAUGAAAAGUAUGACUUCUUGAAGCCAUGGUAUAUUGAUAAAGUAGAGCAGUACAGAAAGCAGCCUCAGUGAAUAUUAAAAUUUCAUCAUUUUUAUUAAUUUUAUAGCUGUAAAUGACUUUAUUAAUAAGCAAAUUACAAUACUGAAAAUUAUACAUAAACUUGAAUUAUUGUGUUACUGAACUUAUUAUAAUACUAAAAUUGUAUCGCCACAAUUAGCAAUUAGUAAUUGUACUUUUAUUGUUUACAUUUAAAUUGUAUGUUUAUUCAUUUAAAAUGUAUAUUGUACAAGAAAUGUUGAGCAUUAAGAUCUUACUAGAUAAUUGUUCAUUGAGUUUCUCUUUAAGAUUUUAAUCAUGUUAUGAAUAUCAUGCUCUUAUCUAAAUUAUUGUAUUCCUUAUUUACAUUAUGAUAUGCAAGGGCAAAUUAUUUUUAUUAUUUUUAUAGCAUGUAGUAAUGCUUCCAAAAAGGAUGAAACAUUUUUGAAAAUUGAUUCGUAAUUAAAGUUAUUGUUUCGAUUGAAGUGUUAGAAUGAAAGAUAUGAAAGUGUUUGGUAUUAAAAAUGCUUUGUAGGAAGUCUAAAAUAUUGAUACCAUAUUAUUUUAAAUGUUUAGAAGUUAAGGAAUAUAUGUCCAUUUUUAUAAGAAUAACUUAUGAAAUUAUAAAUUGUUAUGUAUUGCAUUUAAAAUUAAUAAAGAAUUUAGUAAUAAUUUUCUACAUGGAUAAAUUAUUUUAAUAAAAACAAUGUGCUCUAUAAUAUGCCUACAUAACACAGAACGCACGUGUAAUAACGUUCUGAACUUAACAGCUGGGAUAGAAAUCAGAUAGAAAUUUCGGAAGAAUAUGCGUGUUUAGCAUUCAAUUUUCUUCUGAUUGCUUUUCGCCACAUGAUGUGUUCAAGGUAAAAUAAAGUUGCGUGUAUAUAAUUGCAUGCUUGCAAUACAUAAAUUUAGAAAUUUUACAUUCCUAUCAUACUUUCGAAAAAUUCGCGUUCUAUUCCACAUUUAAUUACAAAAACAAACUGCAUCUACGAGAUCUUACAAUGUAAACUCCACCGGUUAACGAUGGCAUAGUAAAAUUUUAACACUGAAUAUCGAAAUUGAUUUCAAUAUUCAGUUAAGAUUGUAUAUUAUUUUUGAGUUUAUUGAUAUUUGUCUGAUCGAUGUUAUUGCUUUCAAUGACAAUAAAUUUAGAGUAUUAUCUAUAAGUUCAAUAUAAAUUAUUGGAGAUGUAUCUCUUAGAUCUUAAUUUUAAUAAUAGAUCUUUGACACAUAUAUAUAUAUAUAUAUAUAAAAAUCUUAGGUUUUUCCUUUCAUUAAUGCUUAAAAAUUUUUUAAUUCCGUGAUCUUGAUAAAUAAAAGGGAGAUAUAGUUGUUUUACAAAAUAUUUUUUUUAAUAAGAUUUUUUGCAUUUUUUUUUCCUAAAUGUAAUAUCCGAUAUAACACAUCACUUUUUCCUACAAUAAUUUUGUACGUUUUAACAUUGUAAUUAUAGACAUUGCAUUGUUAAUUUAUUAUACUUUGUUCUUUAGUGAUCAUACAGUGCUUACUUGAAAUCUUUAAUGGACUUACACGCAAAUAAUGAGAAGGACUUUCUUCCAAUUUGUUAACCCCAACAUUUUCUCGGUACCUUGCUUUCCUUAAAUUAAUAGCUGAUCGAUUACAUUAUGCGCAGAAGCAACUUUGCUCUGUAAAAACUAUUUACUUUAUUUAUCAAUUGAGCAAUUGAUGAAUUAAAAAAUUCGUUUUUUUUAUUUCGCGAAAAUAAAAAAAAGAAAGUAUUCGUAUAGAAAAAAAAACGGAAAAAUGAUGUUCCUCUUGUACUAUACUGAGAAAGCGUUUCUUGAAAAUAAGAAUCAAAUUUGUUGUACCCCACUGGAAUUCAAUAUUGCAUUUGCGUUAUCAAUGAUGUAAUUUGAUUAUAUAAUAUAUAUAGUUAUGUACACGUAUUUUAUAUAACUUUUUUCUUUAAACUUUUAAAUUUUGUAUUUGAGUCACAUGACAUUUAUAGAAUAUUAACAUUGAUAUAGUACAUUGAUAUAAUAUAUGUACAUUGAUUUUGCUAGAAGUAAUAAAAUUAAAAAAUCUUAAAAAAGAAACCUACACGUGUGAUGUGUGUGUGUGUAAUUUUACUUCUCGUUCUCUGAUGUGACAAAUAUGAUUUAUUAGUUUUGAAAUGCAUAUACGAGAGAUAAUAACUUUGUAUAUAGUGAUAUUUUAUACAAAAGUUU